UCGGUCAAUUGUUGGCUUGUUUCAUUUGGCACUUUGACACCAACACCAAAGUCGAAGUUGAAGUUUUAAACUAUUGGUUCAAAUUGUUAUUGAUUUUCAAAGGAAAAUGAUUCAAGAGUAAUCAAAGUGACUUCUUGUUUAAAUAAUCAAAGUUUUUUUAAUUGUGUUUUUCAAAGUCAACAAGUUAAAUUGUUAUCAACUUUCUGUGUAAUACUUACAAGGAUUUCACUCUGAUUGUCAUCCAGGAUUAAAUUGUUGUUCAAUUAAAAUACUCAAUAACGUUGAAACCUCAUCAUGACAAUCACAAUGGUUAAGAAAAUUUUUUUAAUAUGUUUAAUUGUUACUUGUCAACAAAGUGUAUUAACUAAAUCAUCAAACGAUGUCGUUAGCACCACACCCAAAGUAUUUGUCUCAAUUGCUAAUCAAUCAAAUGGUUCAGAUGGAUCGAUAUCCGGUCUCCCGUUGGCCCAGGCCUUGACCGCUGGUGACCUGACCUCUGAUUUGUCUUCUUUAUGGUCUAAAGCUGAACUUUUACCUUUGAACGAUGAAGAUUUUCCUAUGGCCUUGUAUUCAUCGUCAUCAUCAACUGAUUCAGUCAAAGAAUCAGCUGACAAUUCAGUGACUGAGAAAUCAGUCCAAAAACCCGCCGGUGGCUCAUCAGAUGCCAUCAAUCCCUAUGAAGUUUUAAAGCGUGUCGGCUGGUCAGGGGAUCAGUCUAGAUACUCCGGUGGUGAAUCAAAGGGCUGGUCAAAGCAGAUUAGUGGUCAGCCGAUGGGCAGUUCCUCGGGAGUGGAUCAAUCUGGUUCUGCUCAGCCUAGUCACGAAAUUCAGCCGAUCACCAAUGAUGAGAUUAAAUCUUCAUCUGUAUCCGCAUCCGUUGGUUCAGGACCCGGACCAACAAAUAUGGAGAUGGUUGAUUUAACUGCUGCUGCGACAUCAAACAAUUACGAAGUGCCUUCGUCCGCUUCCGGUUCCAGUUCAUCUGGAGAAUCAUCAUCAUCAUCUUCCAGCGGAUCAUCUUCCAAUGACGGCUCAAGUAGAUCCAAUGGUGGUUCAAAUGGAGGACGAUAUAACUCUUACAACUCGGAUAAUCCUCGAACUAGAACUCGAUAUGGUUUCCGUGUUUCCAAUUCCCGACAUCGAGAGCCUGAGUUUUCAUCUUCAUCCAAUUACGAUGAUUUCGCUCCUCCCGAUUAUCCAAGUGGCUCAUCAGCGUCUGGAGGCGAUUCCAGUUACGUCGAUUCCUAUGAACAAGGUCCACCACCUUCACCGCCAAGUAGUUCAUCAGGAUCAGGGGAAGAUUAUCGUGGCCGUGCUCCCGAAAACGAUAGACAUGUUCCCUCUCAUGAUAUGAAACACUCAGAUGGACCACAAGUACCACAUUCACCGUCACCACCUCACACUCAUGAUUCAUAUGAUCGAGAGGUGUCUCAGCGACCAAAAUACUCUGGUUACCGACCAAGAUACAGAACUAAACAACAAUUCAUGUCAUCGGCUUCUUGGCCUGAAUUUUCAGAGUGGGAAUCACCUUCAUCUUCUGAUCGAGGCUGGUUGUCUUCACUUUUCGGAAGCGGUGGUUCGAGUUCAGGAUACAAAACAAGUCGACCUUCUCGUUACCGAAGUCCAUUUGGUUUAUCAACUUCCGGAGAGAUCCCGUUAACAUCUUUGCCAUCAAGUUUCUUCGAUGAUGCCAUUCCAUAUUAUAAGCCACACACUGCCCACCACACUCACCCACAUGGUCCACCUCCUCCCUCAGGUCCAAUGCUCACACCGAUGCCACAACACCAACCACAACCUCAACCACGUCCAUCAUCAUGGUUCAAUUGGGGUGGAGCGGGAUUAAGACCUCAAGCCUCGAGUUUCCGACCUUCCUACUCAUUCGGUGGAUAUAGUUUCGCACCAAGCUACGCUCCACGACCUCUAAUGUCCACAGGUCCACCUCCAUCUCCUUACAGUUACUCAUUUGGUGCUCUUCCCUCGAGCAGCUCAAUGAUUCCAGUCUCAGUUCGUAGUCCAUUCACUUAUGGCUCCAUGAUGAGUUCGCCUUCAGUUAAUUAUCCUCUUAAAAUGGCCUACGCUUCACCCUACACUUCCGGGUUCGCCUUCAGAGCCCCUUACCCAAUGUAUCGACCUUUCUUACCUUCAAACGAUUUAGCAUUCGCCGAGUCCUUCAGGAAGCCCAACACAUCCGAUAAGAUGGAGGGUUCGGCUUCCCAAUCAGCGAUGGCCUUUGCCUCCCCACCUUCACCAGGUUCGCCUCAAAAUCAACCCUCCCACCAACAAAUGGCCAUGUUGCCCGGCGGUGGAUUAUUUAACUCAUUACCUUUCGUUAAUCGACCAGGAUCAAAUGGUUUAGUCGAUCCAAUUUUUAAUUUCUUCAAUCCCGGUCCAAUUAAUCCGGUAACCGAGAAGCCCAAUUCCGUGGAAUCAUCUGGCUCAUCUUCAUCUUCAUCUUCAUCUUCAUCAUCUUCGUCCUCAUCCUCGUCCACCGAAGGUACAACUGCAUCACCGGUGGCAAAGAAAAAUACUGGACUUUUUUCUGGUUUAAGGAAAAUUUUUUAAAAUCAAUGACAAUUAAUCAACUCUCUCUAAACGAUUAACCAAAUAAUCAAUAAUCAAUUACCACCAAUUAACCUUUGGCUUUUAUUUAUCCAAAUUUGUUAUCAUCUUGAUUCAUAAUUUAAUCUCUGUAUUGUAUUGGUUGAUAUUUCAUUCAAUCAGCCAGUUAACUGUUGGUACAAUCACAUAACAUUACUAGGAAAUAAAAAGUGAAUUAAGAUGGACAA